ACCCAUUCCAUUCCACCAUAACCCAAAUUCUAUAUAGAAAACGACCAUUCACCUUCGUGCCCAUUUUCCCAAUUCUCUCCCUUCUGCCUCUCACCCACCCAACACAAUUCCCCCCAAGAAAAACCCAUUUUCCCCCUUCUCUUAAAAUCUCCUACAAUUUUCUAAAUUGGGGGCUAUCUAUUCUUGUAAUUGUAGAUACAAUACAAUCUAAGUACAAAGAAAAACAAUAAGCUUUGGUACUCCCCCUCGAGAGAUGUGGGAUGCUCAAAGCUUUGAUGAACUUUCUGUCUCUAUGUUGGAAGCCUUUUGGCGUUGACAUUGUUGGUGGAAGCAAUAGUGGUGCAGGAGAAAACAACAAUGGUUGUGUCAGUAAAGAUGGGUUAUUGUGGUUUCGUGAUUUGGGCAAGUGUGCUACUGGGGAGUUUUCUAUGGCGGUUCUUCAAGCUAAUCUGGUUGUGGAAGAUCAAAGUCAAAUUGAGUGUGGACCCUUUGGUACUUUUGUUGGUGUCUAUGAUGGUCAUGGUGGACCUGAGGCUGCUCGUUUUGUCUGUGAUCACCUCUUUCGUCAUCUUCAAGCCAAAACAGCUGAGACCAAUGGUGUAGUCGCUGAAGAGACCAUAAGAAGGGCUUUUUUAGCAGCGGAGGAAGGGUUUCAUGACGUGGUGUCUCAACUGUGGAGCACUAGACCACAAAUAGCCACAGUAGGGUCAUGCUGUCUUGUUGGUAUGAUAUCACAUCAUACUCUCUUUGUGGCAAACCUUGGAGAUUCCCGUGCUGUUCUUGGGAGGAAAAAUACAAAUACUGGAUCUAUUGAUGCUGUUCAGUUAACAACUGAUCAUAAUGCUAACGUUGAGUCAGUGAGAAGGGAACUAAUGGAUUUACAUCCAGAUGAUCCCCAGAUUGUCAUGUUAAAGCAUGGAAUCUGGAGAGUAAAAGGAAUUAUUCAGGUUUCUAGAUCAAUUGGAGAUGUAUAUAUGAAAGAUGCUCAAUAUAACAGGGAUCCGAUUAAUCCAAAAUUCAGGAUUACUGAACCUGUACAUAUGCCUAUCUUGACUGCAGUUCCAUCUAUUGUUUCACAUCAUAUUCAUCCAGAUGAUUCUUUUGUAAUUUUCGCUUCGGAUGGUUUAUGGGAACACUUGUCAAAUGAAACUGCUGUUGAUAUUGUGCAGAGUCAUCCCCAUGCUGGAUGUGCAAAACGGCUUAUCAAAGCUGCACUACACGAAGCUGCGAAAAAAAGAGAAAUGCGGUAUUCUGAUCUGCAGAAAAUUGACAAGAAAGUCAGACGUCAUUUCCAUGACGACAUUACUGUGAUAGUUUUGUUCUUCAACCAUGAUCUUAUCAGAAGAGGAGCAGUACAGGAUUCUCCAUUUUCUGUUCGAUGUUCUUUAUAAACGUAGUUGCGUUUACACAUCUUACAUGGCUGUUUCCCAACGUACAUGUCAAUCUGAUUCUCGAAUUUCUGGCAGAAACAAACGAAAAAUGAGUUACGUGAUUCUUGUAUCGAGCAUUAUAGAUGAGGCACUCUGCACUAACACAACAGUCUUUAGUCCAGUUUUUGCCAUGAAGUUUGAUACUGAAAACUUGAGAUUUGACAUCUUUCUAGUUAUGGUAGGCUUGAAUGAAAUAUGAAUGGAUCAUGAUUUUGUCUUUUUUUGAUCACCCUUUUAUUUUGGGGCUGCUCCCAUUUGGGGUACUUCGUCCAUUGCUUUGUGGGAUUAUUUCAUUAUUCAGUCUAUGGUAGUACAAUACCGACGAUAAAUCGAAUUC